UAAAUGUUAGGAAAACAAACAGUGUGAGGUAAACAGUGUUCAGAAUAGUGCAGGAGCUGCUCAGCAAGCACAACCUUCACAGGAGGUUGCAUUCAGUCCAGCAGGUGGAGCUGACAUGCGCAGUGUUACUGCCUGACAUUAAACCAGAAACACUGAGGAAGAGGAACUGAAACGGCAGAAGAGAUGAUCAACAAAUCCUAAAAACGAUCGCCACAGAACACUGAACUAAAAGAAAAAAGAUAAAUCUGCUCCUGGCUCCUGGGAUUAAAAGAAAUAAUCAUGGCUUUUGUAACGGCUAACUGGAAUCCUCUUGGGGGGGCUUUUUACAGGAAGACUGAACUGUAUCAGAUGGACUGGAACCUUAAGGAUGGUUUUAAAGAUUGUUUAAUAGCUGCAGCUCCAUAUGGUGGUCCCAUCGCUCUGUUGAAGGAGCCACAGCGCCACUCUCCCAGUGCACGCCCCCAGUUAGAGAUUUACUCCUCUUCUGGAGCACCUAUGGCCAGUUUUGUGUGGAAAAGUGGUGUGGUAAAGCAACUGGGCUGGACUGUAUCUGAUGAUUUGCUAUGUAUUCAGGAAGAUGGGACUGUUCUAGUCUAUGACCUAUUUGGCAGCUUUAAGAGGCACUUUAGCAUGGGAAACGAGGUGGGACAGAGCCAGGUUUUGGAGGCCAAGGUCUUUCAUUCUCCAUAUGGAACUGGAGUUGCUAUAGUAACAGGAGCAUCACGUUUUACGCUGGCAACAAACAUAGAUGAUCUGAAACUCAGAAGGUUACCAGAGGUACCAGGUCUGCAAGAUGCACCAUCUUGCUGGGCAGUGCUUACCCAGGACAGACAGAGCAAAGUACUAGUGGCUAAUGGUCCUGAUCUUUUUAUUCUGGACUAUGGUAUCUGCACUGCUGUGACCCCUCCAGGACUUUCUCCUCAAGCUUCCAGUAUAGUACACAUGUGUGUGUCUUUUAGCUAUAAGUACCUAGCCCUGUUUACUGAUUCCGGCCAUGUAUGGAUGGGCUCCACCAACCUGAGGGAAAAGCUUAGUGAAGUGGAGACAAAAUUCAGAAAUCCACCCAGACAGAUGGCCUGGUGUCGCAGGCCUAAGAGUCAGCAGCCAUCAGUGGUGAUCAUGUGGAAUCGUUGUCUUUUGGUAGCAGGAGUGUGUAAAGAUACCAUUUCGUAUCACCUUGAUGACGACUCAAUUCUUGUGCCCGAGCUGGACGGGGUUAGAAUCAUCAAUGCCACAAAUCAUGAACUGUUGCAGGAGGUGCCAGUUGCCUGUGAGGAGAUUUUUAAGAUCGCCUCCAUGGCUCCAGGAGCGCUGCUGCUCGAAGCACACAAAGAAUACGAGAAAGAAAGCCAGAAGGCGGAUGAGUAUCUACGGGAGAUUAAAGAGCGGGAUCAGUUGGUGGAGGCAGUAAAGCAGUGUAUAGAGGCAGCAGGACAUGAGCAUGACCCAGACACUCAAAAAACUCUUCUUAGGGCGGCCUCUUUCGGGAAGUGCUUCCUGAGUAAUUUUCCUCCUGAGCUGUUUGUCAUUAUGUGCAGAGACCUGCGAGUUUUAAAUGCAGUGAGAGAUUAUACUGUGGGCAUCCCUCUCACACACACUCAGUUCAAACAGAUGACAGUUCAAGUGCUCAUUGACCGACUGGUGUAUCGAAAGCUGUAUCCUCUGGCUAUUGAGAUCUGUCGCUAUUUGAAGACUCCCGAGUACCAGGGAGUGAGUCGGGUCCUCAAACACUGGGCCUGCUGCAAGGUGCAACAGAAAGAGGAGGCUGAUGACAUUAUUGCAAAGGCCAUAAGCCUAAAACUGGGUGAUGCUGCAGGAAUCUCCUAUUCCGAGAUUGCAAAUAAAGCCUAUGAAUGUGGACGCACAGAACUUGCUAUUAAGUUGCUGGAGUAUGAGCCUCGUUCUGGUGAGCAGGUUCCUCUGCUGCUGAGGAUGAAGAGGAGCCAGCUAGCACUCAGCAAAGCUAUAGAGAGUGGAGACACAGACCUUGUGUACACAGUGGUAACAUACCUAAAGAAUGAGAUGAACAGGGGAGAUUUCUUCAUGACUUUGAGAAACCAGCCAGUGGCUCUCAGCCUCUAUAGACAGUUCUGUAAACAUCAAGAACAAGACACACUGAAAGAUCUCUUCAAUCAAGAUGAUGAUCACCAAGAGCUUGGCAAUUACUACGUAAAAGCUAGUUACCAAGAAAAGAGACUGGAGGCUCGAAUCUCUCUACUGCAAAGUGCAGUGGAUGAGUACAACAAGGCCAAGAAUGAAUUUGCAGCCAAGGCAACAGAGGAGGAGAUGCGUCUGGUACGUUUCCAAAGAAAGCUGGAGGAAGAAAAGGGCGAGUGUCUGCUGGGUUUCUCUCUACAUGACACUAUAAGCACACUGCUUUCUGUGGGUCUGCAUAAACACGCAGAGCAGAUUUACAAGGACUUUAGAGUACCGGACAAAAGGUACUGGUGGUUAAAGCUGACUGCUCUGGCUGAAAAACAGGACUGGGAAGAGCUUGAGAAGUUUGCUAAAAGCAAGAAAUCACCAAUUGGCUAUAUGCCAUUUGUUGAGGUUUGUGUAAAACGAAACAACAAAUUCGAGGCCAAGAAAUAUGUGUCUAGGGUUACACCAGAGCAGAAGGUCAAAGCCCAUCUGGCAGUAGGUGAUUUGGAAGGUGCAGCAGAUGCAGCAAUCGAAAGAAGGAAUGAAGAAGACAUUAGUAAGGUUUUGUCCCGCUGUUCUCCCACAACAGACCGCUUGGUGGUAGAACGUCUUAACCGUGCCCGGGCCACUGGUGCCAAAAAGUGAACUCCUAAAUUGCAUGGGACUUUGUUACACUCGAUAGCUUCUUAACACUGACUGCACGCCCCAUCUUUAGCUCACAGGAUUACAAAUUUCACACUAAGCUAACUAGGGGUUUCUUUAAAAUAAUACUUCAGUGUUUUCCAGCCUAAUCUCUGUUCAGUGCAUAUGUAUGAUUACUAUAGUCAAGAAUUAUGCCAUGUUUUUCAAUGCUGAAAAAGGCACAGAAAGCCUAUUAACCUUCUUUUAAUGGGUAGUCUAAUAGACCACACUAAGAACCAACAGAACCAUUGAGCAAACCAAAGCUUAAUGACAGAGGUUUAGAUUUUAAUAGGCAGGCACAAUCAUCAGUAGACAUUUUUAAUAAAACAAUCUCACUCUUGUUUUCAUUAAAUUAUUUUAAGAAAAGGCGACAAUUCUAAUGCACUGUUCGUACAUCAGUGUUUUGUAGAGCUAAACUUUUGUUAUUGCUUUGACUACAAACCAUUUUUACAUGCAAAAGUUUGACUACGAGCCUGUGUUUUGUUGAUUUCCUAACUGAAAAUAAGUAAACAUAUUAUAAUGCACAUUUACUGCUUAUAUGCUAAAUUUAACAGAACGGUGAAACCAAAUGGCAUGUGCAAAUGUUAUAGCACAAUUAGUAUUUUGUAUGUUGUAUUUUAGCUAAUAAAUACAAACUGCACACUAAAAUUUGCCCCAAAAUGCAAUAUUGACAUUUGUUACCUGUAGAGGUUGUGUUAACUAUUUCUUACUAAAACAUGAAGUAUAGAAUUUAGAAUUUGACCAGUUGAGUUAAAACUUUUAGUUAAACGUCAGUUAAACAUUUAAAUAAAGGUGACAAAGUGUACAAGCAACAGAAGGUAGUAGUCGGUAGUCGCAUACCCAAAAUUUAAUUUUUUAUUUUAUGAACGUAUGUAUGGGUGGCUCAGUGGGUAGCACUGUCGCCUCACAGCAAGAAGGUCCAGGUGGGGCAGUCCGGGUCCUUUCUGUGUGAAGUUUGCGUGUUCUCCCCGAGUCUGCGUUGGUUUCCUCCGGGAGCUCCGGUUUCCUCCCACAGUUCAAAGACAUGCAAGUGAGGUGAAUUGGAGAUGCUAAAUUGUCCAUGACUGUUUUUGACGUUAAACUUGUGAACUGAUGAAUCUUUCAUUGAAAAAUCUAUUUUUGUCAUGAAUGUAACCAAAGUGUAAAACAUGACGUUAAAAUCCAAAUAAUAAUAAAUAAGUAAUGAAUGUAUACAUUGGUGAAUGUAUAUUACUAUUUAUAGUUCAUGAACUAUAUUUUUGAAUUUAGCACAACAGAUCAACAGGACAAUUAACAAGCAUGGGCAUACUAUGUUUUUAUGCAUUUAAGGCUUUUAGAGAAAAUAUAUGCACAUUCAUUGGCCAUUUUAUGAGCUACACUUAUCUUUGGACACAGGAUUAUUGACUGUAGUCUUUUGAUGCUCUGUACUUUGUCACCCCUUAUAAACGAUAAACAUUGUUUUGGACACACCUGGUCAAAUGCCAGAUUGCUUUCAUAUGCUGUCAUGAGUUGACAGCAUGAGUUAACCAAUUCCCUACAUAGAACAACCUUAAACAUGCAGUUUUCUGCAAAUUUUAGUGUGCAGUUUUUAUUUAUCGGUUAAAUUUAACAUAUUGGAUAAAAGCUGAACAAAAUCUUAAACUUUUGCACAUGCACAUGUUUCAUUUGUUUUGAAAUAACUGCAUUAAAAUUCUUGAAAGCAGGAGUGAAAUGAAAUGUUAUAAAAAAUAUAAGCAUCCAGUUUAAUCUUAAAAUAUUUGUGAUCACUGAAAAAUUAUACCUCACCAUAACAUAAGGAUGCAGUAAUAUUUUGAAGUUUGGAAUGAAAUAUAGGUAGGGAUCUGUAAAUUUCAAGGGUUCUUUAAUUUCUUUACUGGUUUGUUUGCAUAUAAAUUGGGUAAGUAUUCGAUUGGCAUUCUUGUUAACAGUAUCAUGGGUUGGUGUAUUGUGAAGUAUUUAUAAAUAUGUUGCCAGAUUUGGUAAAUUAGUAAAACAAAAUUCUUUAUACUUGUUUUAAGAAAUGCAGUAAAUUUCUCAACUGUUAGUAUAUCAGCUGAAAUAGUUAUGAACUGUUAAAAAGGGAAGCUGCUCUUAAAAGCUCAUACUUGCAUUUUUGUGGUUUACAAAGUUUGCAGGUGUUUUUACAAGCAAGCUUUUAGUAAAUCAGGGAGCUUACUUUACAAAAUAUAUUUAAGGAACUGAUAACAGAUUUUAUAAUCCAUUUCACAAAAAUGUUUAUUGACUACCAGCCUUAGAUUUCCAAUUUAAAUACAUUUUAGGUAAACAUUUUUUUCCUACUGCAGAAAUGUGUGUAUGAAUUUAGAUCAGUUGUAAUCGCUUUUACAGGACUGAUCUGGUGGGUUGAAAAACACUGAAAUAUUUCUUUAAGAAAGGUUUAUUAGACAGUACGCUCUAUGAAGGAAUAUUAGUGGAAGAAUGGAAGACUUCAUACAUGUCUUAAGAAAGAAAAACACAUGCUUAUCAUGUUUAUGUUCCUCUAACCAACAAAUCUUUAACACUGCACUUGCCUCUUCCUUACUUUAUGUAAAUAUUAUCCAAUGGUGAGUUCUGUUGACUUCUGUACACUAAACUGUUAUGCUCUUUGCUUUUGUGUCAAAACCUUGAACUGUACUCUUUACUUUGUACAUUUAUUACUCAACUGUAAUUAAACUCUGUUAA